GCGCCUCGCGUCCUGAUUGGCUGCGUUGGGGGGCGGGCGUGUCUGCGGGUUCACAGGUGGCCGGGUCAGUGCUGCUGAGGGGAAUUGGCCGGCGGCUAGAGACCCAGAACUCGUGCCGAGUACCGAGCGGACACUGACAGGGAAGUGACAAGAUUACAUUUUGAGAAGCUGGAAUGAAGUUUCCGUGGAUUAACAAGCCCUGGAUAAGGACAGGAUCUCUGAGGAGAAACACUAAGGUAUGAUUUGUACAUUUUGAGUCUCAGGACGGUGGGAAUUAGCCAGUGGAUUGCAGGCAUGUUGUGGAAGUUGCUGAUGAGAUCCCAGCCCUGCAGACUCUGUUCUUUCCGAAAAAUGCAAUCAGCUCCAAAAUAUGGACCUUUUCAAGCAUGCUUCACCUAUACAACUGAUAGUCAGUCAAAGAAAGAAAAUAAAAAGACAGUAGAAAAGCUCUUUAAAUUGUCAGUUGACAUCAGGAAAAUUCGAAGAUUAAAAGGCUGGGUACUUCUGGAGGAUGAAACCUAUGUUGAAGAAAUUGCAAAUAUUCUACGACAGCUGGGUGCCAAUGAGACUGCUGUAGCCAGUAUCUUGGAACGCUGCCCAGAAGCAAUUAUAUGCAGUCCAACUGCUGUUAACACCCAAAGAGAGCUCUGGCAAUUGGUCUGUAAAAAUGAGGAAGAGUUAGUCAAGUUAAUAGAACAGUUUCCAGAAUCUUUCUUUACUGUUAAAGACCAGGAAAACUGGAAGCUGAAUAUUCAGUUCUUUCAAGAGUUGGGACUCAAAAAUGUGGUCAUUAGCAGAUUUUUGACAACUGCAUCUAAUAUAUUUCAUAACCCUAUUGAGAAGAAUAAGCAAAUGAUAAAGAUUAUCCAAGAGAGUUAUCUAAAUUUAGGUGGCUCCGAGGCCAACAUGAAAGUUUGGCUUCUAAAAUUGUUAAGCCAAAACCCAUUUAUUCUGUUAAAUUCUUCUGCAGCUAUAAAGGAAACACUAGAAUUUUUCCAGGAGCAGGGUUUCGCAAACUUUGAAAUUCUCCAGCUUCUCUCCAAGCUCAAAGGAUUUCUUUUUCAACUUAGCCCAAGAAGUAUACAGAACAGUAUGUCUUUCUCUAAAAAUGCUUUCAAAUGUACUGAUCAUGACCUGAAGCAGUUGGUUUUGAAAUGUCCUGCCCUUUUAUAUUACUCUGUUUCAGUUUUGGAGGAGAGAAUUCAGGGAUUAUUGAAAGAAGGAAUUUCCAUAGCUCAGAUAAGAGAGACACCAAUGGUUCUUGAAUUAACUCCACAAAUAGUACAAUACAGGAUAAGGAAACUGAAUUCCUUAGGCUAUGCAGUAAAGGAUGGACAUCUAGCAAAUGUAAAUGGAACAAAAAAGGAAUUUGAGGCUAACUUUGGUAAAAUUCAGGCCAAAAAAAGAAGGCCAUUAUUUAACCCUGUGGCACCAUUAAAUGUUGAAGAGUAACUUGCUGACUGAUGUUGCUUUUUUUUUUUUUUUUUUUU